AUGGAGGUCCAUCAGGCCGACCGUGUAUCUCCCUUCGUUGCCUUCCUAGUCAACACACAGGAGGUGAGAGAUCUCUGCAGCAUUACCCAUUGCAAAUAUGCCGUGUGUGUGGUGAUGCGUUCUGUCAGGACAUGUGCGGGCUCAUUUGUUCAUUCCUUGUCGCCAAAGAUCUCGCAGCCCUCACCACCAGGCGAGUAUCAUCAGCUACCGAUCUGCUUUUGUCAUAUAUGCAAUGGAUGGAUGGAUGGAUGGACUGACGUGCUUUUUGCAGUUGCGCCCGUUGCCACGAGGGUCUGUGGUGUAGCGCUCCCUUCUGGCAUUGUUUCUUUGCCCAGCUGAACAUCGCCCCCCCCUCCCCCCUGUCGUCACCCAUCCUGCCGCCGUCGCCCCUCAGCCCCCCGUCAUCCACCAGCGCAUCAUCCGCCACGCACACACCACCUCUCUCACCGCUGCGUGAGGUGGUAUCGGCGUCGCAUCUGGUGGGAGCGGGGUCUUUGUUGCCGACCUCAUGUGGGGAUGGAAGGCGACUGGUGAGCGGGGGGGGGUGGGGGUGGGGGUAGAGGGACAGAAGGGGGAAGGCUCACUCACACACUGUAUGUAUGUGCGAUUGUAUGUAGGUGCGGGCACUAUCGACACCGUGUGGAUGCCGUCGGCACCGACGAGCCGCCGGACGUCUAUGGCCAGCUGUUCGACACGGCAAAGUGAGUGAUUGAGCUAAUCGCCGGCCGACCGACCCCCACCCACCCCCAUCAAUGUGUAUGUCGCAUAUUUAGGCGCUAUUUGCGUGGCCUGCUUGGCCGCGACGACCCUGGUUUGCUGCACCGAUUCGGCAAUGCAUGCCUGGGACUGGUGCGCAAAUACGACAGCUACGAUGACCACACACAGGUCGGCAUAUCCCAGGAACGGAGAAUUGGGCAUUCAUUCGUGUGUGUGGGGGGUGCACUGCACGUAUACGCAUACAUGCAGGCGGCGGCAGAGGACAUGGUGUGGCAGAUAAGUCGAAGGACGGACAUCUUCACACGUACAUCAACAAGCGCCUCCUUUUGUGUCUCCUCAAACACUCCGAGUGUCAAUGUUUCCAUGCGGGGGUGUCAGGGGGCCAUGCGUUGGAGAUAUGUCGCGUCUUUGAGGACAGAAAGGAGCGCCGCAUCAUACAGAAAGCCAUGGACCACGUCGCCAUCAUAUUCUUGGCAAGUCAACCCACACACGGCAACAGACCUCUCGAUGUAUAUGUGCCCAUGCAGGAUUCGGAGGAGAGUUUUGACGCGUUGCUGGAGCACCAGUACGCCAUGCUGGCGCAGCAGGACCGAUCACCGCGCACAUGCGAGGAGGCACUCGCCGAUAUGCCAUCCAUCCACACACCACACACAUGA